CGGCACGGACCGAGAACUUGCAUCUUAAACCCGGCGCCCGAUCUCGGCUCCGGAACUUGCCUAACCCGGAUUCGAUAUCGAAUUCGAAGAAAAAAAAAGCAUAGACGUCACUACUCCUCCGACGUAAAUUUAACUUUCCUUCCCUUCCAAUGUAACCCAGCCCGCCAGCCCGUACAAUGACGGCCGACCACAAGCAAAAGCCGGCAGAGGGCAACAAGAACUACAAGGGUUUCGUAGCUGGUGUCUUCUCCGGCAUCGCCAAGCUAUCGGUCGGCCACCCCUUCGACACGAUCAAAGUGCGCCUACAAACCACCGACCCAACACGCUUCAGCGGACCGCUGCAAUGCGUCGUACAAACGAUCCGCAACGAAGGCGUGCGCGGCCUGUAUAAAGGCGCCACGCCCCCGCUCGUCGGCUGGAUGUUCAUGGACUCCAUCAUGCUGGGGUCGCUGACCGUCUACCGCCGCCUGCUCGCCGAGCACGUCUUCUACCGGCACCUGACGCCGCACUCUCCCUUAACGCCGCCGGAUACCCGGCCCGAGAAAGAGGGCCCUAUCGCCGCCACCUCGCACGCCGCAGCGCAUCUGCCGUCCUACGGCCACGGGCUCGCCGGCGUUCUAGCGGGCUGCACGGUGAGCUUCAUCGCGGCGCCUGUCGAGCACGUCAAGGCGCGCCUGCAGAUCCAGUACUCGGCCAAGAAGACCGAGCGGUUGUAUUUGGGGCCCGUGGACUGUGUACGCAAGAUCUACGGCGCCCACGGCGUGCGCGGCAUCUACAAGGGGCUGUUUUCGACGCUGAUAUUCCGGUCCUUUUUCUUCUUUUGGUGGGGGUCCUACGAUGUUUUGUCGCGUCUCUUACGAGAUCGGACGAGUCUCGGCGUUCCGGCUAUCAAUUUCUGGGCAGGCGGGCUGAGCGCUCAGGUCUUCUGGCUCACGAGCUAUCCGAGCGAUGUUGUUAAGCAACGGAUCAUGACAGAUCCGAUGGGUGGGAAACUUAAUGACGGGACGCCGAGGUUCAAGACUUGGCUACAGGCGGCGCAGGCUGUUUAUAGAGAGGGCGGUGCUAAAGGGUAUUGGCGAGGGUUUUUGCCGUGUUUCUUGAGAGCAUUUCCAGCCAAUGCUAUGGCUUUGGUGGCCUUUGAAGGCGUUAUGAGAGCAUUACCAUAAUAGACGAGAUACCAAGCAUUCAUGGAGCUAUACAGCCCAAAGGUUGAGAAAGUGUGUACAGACAAAAUCACAAUAAAGAGGUCAAAUAUUUGCUGGCA